AUGGAAGUCGCCGCUGCGCUCGGUAGUUUUGUCGGCUUAGCAAUCCCUGUUGCGCAAGGUCUUAAGUCCUUAUAUGACCUCACAACGAACAUGAAGGACUGCCCGAAAGAUAUUCGUGAGAUGAAGACGGACCUCGAAUUAGUAGAAGAGUUGAUCACGCAUGUCAUUCGGCAGUGCAACGAGCGUGAUGUCCGACUUGGGGAAAGCGCAGAACUGGCACGCGCAAUCGGUCACGCUCAGGAAAGCGUCGAAGAGCUCAAGAGAGAGAUGGCUGCGUAUCAUGUGAUUGGAAAACGGAAGCGGUUCGGGUUCGCAUUCAGGGUUAACCAAAGGCAGAAGCUGAGGAAAAGCUUGGAUAGGACUAAGGCCAUCAUGCUUGACUUCAAAAAUCAGCUACAGAGCGACCUGCUAUAUGACAUACGUGAUAUGAACCAAGAGGUUCUCAAAACAGUAAAACAGACAAGCAGGAAUCUGGAAACAAACGACAGAAAUGUUCACAGGGUAAUGGAAAAAUCUGAGGUCCAAGCGGAAGCCACGGAAGAUCUUAGGGGUGGAGAGCCUUUUGCACAAUCAGCAAGCGAUAACUCCUUUGAAGGUCUGACAGACAUUGGAAUUGUCGCGAAGAAGCUCGAACAUAUCCCAGAAUUGUUGACGGAAACAAAGAUAUCGUCUUCAAUAACUUCGUCACCAUCAACGCCUGGAUUGUCAUGCGAAUCGAGUGAUGUCUCUGUCAUGAAUGCGUCUCAGGAAACUACUGCCAGCAGUCUUUUGAGCUUGCAAAGCAUUGUGCCAUCAGAACUCCGAAAUACUCAGCAAGCGAACAUCGCUUCACAAUACCCCCUUCUACGAUUCAAAGACAACCAGGUAAGACCAAUUGCGCAUCCACUACUACUCAUCUGA